AUGCGACUGCUCAACAAACAGACGUUCGAAAUCGAGUCCUUCCUGGAUGACGAGGUGCCGCCGUACAUCAUCCUCUCGCAUCGAUGGAGCGGCGCGGAAACCUCCAUGCAAGAGUUUGCCCUUCAAAGACGUCUCAGUCGUGAUCAGUGGUCACCAGGCACAGCGAAAGUGCUCACCUUCUGCGAACACAUCCGGUCUUAUGAAGAACAGUACGUGUGGGUAGACACUUGCUGCAUCGAUAAGUCCAGCAGCGCAGAGCUACAGGAGGCUAUCAACUCGAUGUUCAAAUGGUAUCACCAGGCCGAGCAGUGCGUUGUCUACAUGCACGACGUGGACGUCACGGCCGGGGAUCCGGGAGAUAAACACUCGAGGUUAGAGGCCCAAUUGAAACGAAGCCAGUGGUUUUCUCGAGGCUGGACACUCCAGGAACUUCUUGCUCCGCGAAAGAUCGUCUUCGUGGAUUUUAGGUGGACACAAAUGGGGUCUCGAGAAGAUUUUAAAGUCAUUCUUCACCAAAUCACACGCAUCAAUCCUUCCUACCACGGUGACCCAGCAAAAAUACAUUUGGCACCAGUCGCCGAGCGAAUGUCAUGGCUAAGCCUGAGGAAGACUUCGAGGGUGGAAGACAUGGCAUAUUGCAUGCUGGGAGUUUUUGAUGUCAACAUGACUAUGCUGUACGGAGAAGGGUCGAAGGCUUUCAUCCGACUGCAGAAAGAGAUCAUCCAGAACAUCGACGACGAGUCGAUCUUUGUCUGGCAGCCAGUGCAAAACGCAGCCGACGAAAAGUCUUGUAUCCCCGUGUUGGCUCCAGAGGCAGCCUGCUUCUCCGUGUGCCGAGAAGUCACUAUUACCAAGAGCGUCUAUCUCAAUCGCGACCCCUACCGGUGGACAAACAAAGUUCUCCGGAUAUGA